AUGGACAGAUCGCUCAAUGCGUGCUUGAGGAGCCUGGAGGACUACAUCAAGGAGCGACUGGCCGUGAUCAAGACCACGAAGGCGAAUGAUGGACUGGAAGCUGCGAAGAAGGAGUAUGCGAAGAUGACGCCGAUGAACUUCAAGAUCUUCCUCAAGCAGUACCGCGCGGAGCAGGCAGCGCUGUACGCUGGGAAGGGAUGGAACAAGAUACUCUGUCCGGUCAAGGUUUCGGGAGACGGUUGCGAGCGCUGUGGCGCGGUGCCUGCUGCUCCUGGUGAAGACGGUCACGGUGGGUCCAGGUUGCUGAGUUGUGGCAAGUGUCGGAAGGUCUUGUACUGCAACCGUGCUUGUCAGAAGGAGGACUGGAAGGCGCACAAGCCAUUCUGCAAGUAA